UCAGUUCCGGUAUCGAUUCCGACAUGUUCAAGUUGCUGGUUGUAUUGUCUGCGUGUGUGUGCGUCGGUUAUGCUAGUGUAGCAUUGGGCCACUUGGAACCGAAACCAGAGGAAUUCAAAGAUCAAGAAGGAUGUUACGUAGAUGAAUUGAAAGCGGUUAUCCCAAUAGGAGAGUCAAGGCCAUCCAAGACUAGUUGUACGAAUAUUAUAUGUCUCGGAAACAUAAUGCAAUAUCAUUCGUGUAGUGUGAUACAGACGACGCCCGACUGUAAAUUAGUGACGGACGAAAAGAAGCCCUAUCCAGACUGCUGUCCUCAAGUGGAGUGUCCUUAAUCUUCUUCCAGUCUUCGUUUUCGUGUCAAUCUGCACUUACUGCUCACAUUACACUUGUUUAAAUAACCCAUGUGUUUAAUGCGACUAACUGUAAUCGACCUUCUUUAAACAUUAUGUAGAAGAGUUUCGUGUUCAAUUAUGUUGUAAAUAUAACAAAUAAAUGGGAUCUUUGCCUAUGA